GAAGCAAAAUCAUCUUUAGAAGACUGCCGGGUAAUUCAGUUUAAGCCUGCAACUCACAAUCGCAGCCUUAUGGGUCACGUGAUAAAAGGGAUAUGGGUGACAUCAGAAGAAGUGUGUGAGGCCAACUGUUUCGCUGAAGACGACUGCAUGUCAAUAAACUUCGGACCAAAGAGUCAAGAGAAGCAUUUAUGUGAACUGAGCAGUUCAGAUCAUAAUCUACAUCCUAAAGAUCUAAAGGAACGAUUGAGUUUCAUCUAUAAAUCUACGUGGGUCAGUGUUAUUGCUGGUUUUCACUCUCACACCAUAAAAAAUAAAAAUAAAAUUAAAAUUAAAGGCAGUGUACAAAAACAACACGAAACUUGAAUAUUAUAGAAGCGUGAGAUGUAUUACGAUCGCGAUAAUAUUCAGGUCCGUACGGGUUUUCAUACCUGAAAUUUUCUUGGAGGGUCACUAACAUGGUGGCCGGAAACUUAAAGGGACAAUUUUAUCACUGAGUUUUGCAUUGAAAGAGUCGGAGACAACUCGAGAAACCGUAAACACCAAAUUAAACUACUUUCGACUCUCAACAGAGAAGGAGAGCAUAAUGGCCCACUUAGGUUAUAUUUCAAAUUUAUUCCUUCUCUAUUAAAGCUUGGUUAUCUUUUCGUCACCAGAAUCAUUGCCCAAGAAGCCCGUGUAAUCCAGGCUACAGAUGUCAAGUAGGAUUUACUAGCAAAGGAUAUCGAUGCACUGGUAACGAUACUGUUAACCAGCCCUUUCAGCUAAGAUUGAUGUUCCUCUUAGACUUCUUUAAAUUAUAAAAUAUGAAUAAAAAUUAAUUAAUUAUAUAAAUAUAACUAUCUAUCGAUAGUGAAUAACUGUCUUGUAGAAGCCAUCUACAGGGCACUUCUUUGUCUACUGUUUCGGGGUCGAAUUAAAAUUUGGAGGCGUUGGUUUUUGAGGAUAGGGAAAACCGGAGUGCCCGGAGAGCAAGGGAGAGAACCAACAAUGCCGGUACUUAAACCGGGCCACAUCGGUGGAAAGUGAGUGCUUUCACUACUGCACCACCUUGGUUUUCUUUAACUACUAUUAUUUAAGGCGGGCUUUUGCAAAAAUUAGCGCUUCUAUUAAACUUUGACACUGUAUGCCUCUUAAGACGGUGAAAAUUCGUUUUUCCAUCAUCAUCAUCAUAUUCUUCUUGAUAUCAAUAAACACAGCAGGGAUGCAAAAUUAUACCAUAUAAGCCAAUAGAGAAUCUCUCUUGUAUAAGUUCUGUGAGCUUUCUUAGAGAAAGUCAACAAGAUCUAUCUUCUUUAAACACUGACUGCUUCUUCUUCUCCUUCUUUAUUAUUAUGGCAGUACAAACGUCUGGAUAUCCAGAGUAAAAAAUAAAAGCUUUGGCUGGGCGGCAAACCGUAACCAGCUGCAGCAUCGACUAAAAUUUGUAGUAACAACUACACAAUAAUUUGCGCAAAAAAAAAAUGGGUAAAAAUGAUUUGUUAAAAGUGUCAUAAAAAGAAUAAAACAAUAAAAAAAUCCUAUAAGCUUUAUGGACGUCUUAAUCAUAAAAUAAAAAUGUUCAUACGUUAAAAGUCAUCGUUCAAAUAGCUGUCCAUUAAAUAAUGAGAACGUCUAAGGUAUGUCAAUAAAAUUUCGAUAAUGUGCAAGAUUAAGUAUCUGUUAAAAUAGGUGUCCAAAAUUCCUAUAGAUAUCUAACCGCUCAGCUUGAACAUUCUAGCAAUGUGUGAUGAACUAGAGAGGAUUGCCUUUUGCAUUUGGCGCAUAAUUGAUUCACACUUGUCUCCUACAAGCUCUUUAAUAUUUUUCUCAACCUCUUUCGAACAGCCUCCAAGGACAUCUAUGAUGAUGUUAUACUGAUUGACCUUGCACUCAGGAUAUCGGUUCGUCUGCUUUAGUCUCAGUUGACUGUACUUCGUUGUCUUCUCGAAAUCUUUAGACUCUCUAUUUUCCAGCCAUGGACAGCUCAUUUCUAUCACUCUGACUUGCUUGCUGGUCUUGUCAAUGACCGUGGCGUCGAUUCUAUUAGCUUUUACUUGAGUUGUGUCAGCGUAUAAUGGGACGUCCCAGAAGACGGUCGCAUGCUCAUUCUCAUGCAGCGGCUUGGGUAUGACUUGUGAGAACCACGGUUCAACUUUAGUAAUGAGAUGUAAAGAUCUGACGACUUCAAAGAAUGAGAUCUUGAAAGCACUGUUAUGUCUCUGUAGGUACUUAGUCUGUGCCAGUGCACUACAGCCAGAUAGAAUGUGCAGCACAUUCUCCAGGGAAUCCCCGCAUAGGUGGCAUUGUUCAUCAGUGACUUGUGAUUUUGUUUUUCUGUUGUAGUAAACCUUGGUAGGUAACAACUGUUGGUAAAGCUCUUAUACUCCAGCGAUGGUAUGCGUUGGGGCAUUCUUCCAUGAAGAAAGCCACGCAAAGCACUCCUCCAGUCUUGAUAGGCUUUCCUUGCCAUCUGUCCUCAGAUACCGUUGAUUGUAUCUCUUGCCGGCGGGCUUUGUAGAUUGCCUGCUUUACCUUCUUAGCUUCGACUUCUUUACUAUCGGCGACAACAGCUGGGUUAGGGAAGUUUAACCACAACUGUAGAUCCAGCUCCUCUGCGUACUUCUUAGCAUCUUUAAUUAAUGAUGGAGUGGCGUCCAUUUUGUACGGCUAGCUCUUCAAACGAUCUUACGGCUACCAUCGUAGGGUCAGCGUUGUAAUAAAGCUUUACUGCAGCUUUGAUCUUAGUGUUCUUAUAUUUAUUCUCCACGGACUUCAGUUCAGACCUCUUCCACCGAACUUCCUUGACAUGUAGAGUAUCGCUGUCGAUCCCUUAGGGUGACUUCCUCCAUUCUCCACGAUGAUCUCUCUUCCCUCUCGGUCAAGCUAUUGGAUGUUUGCUAUCGGCCAAGUUUGUGUCCACAUUAAGUAUGUAAGUUCUGGUAAAGCGUAUGAUGCAUGAUCUGACAAUGGGCUGGACCAGAUGAUUGAUAGCCUCUCUAAGUAUGUCUUUGCUGCGGCUUCCAGUACUUGCUUAUCCCCUUGCUUGGUGUUUUCGAAGACACCUAGGAAUUUAUAGCUGUUAUGUUGGUCCAGGCUCUUGAUAGGUUUAAGAUCAGAUAUGUUCAUAUCUCCACUCUCUUGUCCCCUCUUCACGGCCUGUAUCACUGCACACUUCCUCUCAUUCCACUUCAAACCGGUGCUUUAUUACUAUUAUUAUUAUUAUUUACUAUUUUGAGGACAUGGACAUCAAUUUCCUAUAUCACAGACACUGUUAGUUUUUUUACGCUAUAUUCUAUAAACGAGAUUCACAGAAUUUCUACCUGGGUAGGUUUUGUUUCUAGUGUCAAAGUUAACAAGUUUUUAACUGUUUGUUUCGGUUUGUUUUAAUUAUUACGUAGACAUUAAUGAGUGCAUAGAGGGAGGUCAUGAAUGUCAUGUUAAUGCAAUUUGUACAAACAUCGUUGGAUCUUACAACUGCAGUUGCAAAGAGGGCUAUUUUAAGGAUGGACAGCUGUGUAAAGGUAUUAUUCAUCCUAUUCAAUAAUAAUUCUCUUUCUCAUUCGAUGCAAAUUUAUGUUCCUCUUCAUUGGUGGAGAGCCCACAAAGUGACCCGCAAAUUAACUGCCUACAAAUAAUGCUCUACUCAUGUGCAAUGUCGUCCAACUGUGUUUGGCUGCAUAUAAUAUUCUGCUCAUGCAUGCGUACAUGAAACCACGCAUUUCUCCUUCUUGCGAUCGCUCUUGCGUGAAAAUGGCAGAUCGCUUCCAAUCCGUGAGUUUAUUCAUUAAAAAAAAAACUCGGUGAUCGAAUGAUAAAGCGGUUAUUGAUUUCGGUUAUCGCAAAAUAUCGUGAUUUGUCAGUGGCCGAAUUUAUACUAGAGACGAAUUAUCCGUCCAGACGGAUUAUUCGUCUCAAAUCGAUAAUUCGUUUCUAGUAUAAAUUUGGUGCUAAGACGAAUUAUGAAGCAAAAUUCGUCGGAGGCUGAUUCAUCUGUUAGCACGUCUUCAAGACGUGCUAACAGACGGAUAAUUCGUCUUAGACGGAUUAUCCGUCUCUAGAUUUAUACCUAGACGGAACGUAGACGGUUUUUUGACGAAGUUUCCACAUCGGAGGGACUGGUUUCUAUAUUUUCGCAGUCUUUUCUGGGAUAAAUAAAUAUAUAUCUAGACAAAUUAUUCGUCGAAAUUCGUCUUCGGAUUUAUACUUAGACGAAUUAUCCGUCUGACGGAUAAUCCGUCUAGAUGGAUAACUCGUCUCUAGUAUAAAUUCAGCCAGUGUCUCACAGAUUAAUUAUUUGCCUCAAUUGACCUGCUCCCCACUGACAAAUGACGAUAUUUUGCUCAACCUUGUCCAAUAAUUGUUAAAUAAUAGCUCUAAAUAUCAAGUAUUUAGGCUUUUUAUUGUAAACAGCUUUAUUACGUAAUUUAGGCUUCAUAUUGUAAACAAGUUUUUUGUUUUCCCUUUUAAGCCCCGUGCAAGUGGAUGUAACAUUGUUGGCCAACAACUCCCAAAAUUGCUGGAUGUUACAUGUUGCGUCCGUUUGCACAUCCUGUUGUACGUUGUUAGGAGUUGUUGCGCAAAGUUUGAAACCGGUCAAACUUUUAGCCAAGUGCGACAACUCUCAACAAUGUUGCACGGGGCUAUUUCGUUUAUUUGUUUUUCCAUGAGUGAAACAAAAAAUUCGAGAUUGAAUUAGUUUCUACCCGUUUUCUUUGCUUUUUCCUUUCCUGGUAUUCAGCAACCAUAUAAAAGAAGAAAAUUUGCAGUAAGCGAUUUCUCUUGAAAUUUAGUUGAAAUGACGAAACAAUACAUUCCUCUGGUUUGUUGGAAACUAGGAUAAAAUUUGCCUGGAAAGGAGGCUAGUAAAAUAUGAAAAGAAUGGGUCGUCUAUGACACGUUUGAUUGUGAAGAAGAGCUUUAAGUGGUGUAAUUUUUUUCCGCUGACUUCGUCGUUUAACAUUAGAGACAACAUAAAGACUGAAAAUUAAGGUUCAGCGGGAACAGUUUUUCAAAGCCAAUUUUUCACAGAACAACUAAUUUAUUUUCAGAGAACUGGACAAAGAUCAAUAAAAUCCCAGUUUGCUUUCAAGGUUUCGAUGACAAUUACGGGACAUUUAGGAUCAACGCAAGCGGCCUCAUCUACACGUUCAAACUGGUUUAUCAGAGUGGGUCAAUGAAAUGUCAUGGAACUCAACAGAUACCAAGAAAGUGGGGAUGCACGCAUAAAGAUUUCGGGAAAAAUCAAUUGCUUACUGUUGUAACGCAUCCUAACAGAUCGGUCCUGUUUCCUGUUGAUUAUCUAAGAGAUAACAAUAACUGCUACAAGUAUUAUGCAUAUCAUCUGGAAGGAAUUGACGUUAACUCUCGAGAAUUGGUAUUUAAUCGGCUUAUCCCUCCGAUGUCUGUUACUGAAGGCCAAGAGUUUCAGGUUUGGCACGGAGAAGACCUGAGUAACUGUGGAGAGAAAGACAACACCGGCCAAAUAUGUCUCGAUGUUCACGGCUGGUACACUUAA